AUGCUAAGAUAAGGUUUUAAUAUUCAUAAUAGGUAAGUUUAAAAGGCAUGUAAUUAACUAUAAUUAUCAAACCCUUAAUCAAUCAAAUAGUUUUAUUAAGCAUCAAUAAAACCUAGCCUUUAAUAAUUAUGCAGGGAUUUGAAUGUUAAAUAAUAUACAGAACCAAUAGAAGUUAUAUUAUUUAUUGAAUUUUUUAAUCAAGUUAAAGUUAAAGUUGAAUAAAUAAAGAAUAUGCGUAAUAACUUGGAUAUAUAACAUUAGAAUAUGGAGUCAUUAUUUGAAUAAAUUAGGGUUAGAUAAUAUGUAAAUUUUUUUGAUAGAGAAAGGGCUUUAGCGGUAUAAAUAUAAUUAUAUUAUUAGUAAAUUGAAAAUUAUAAAGCUUAAUUAGAAAAUUUUAAAAAAUAAGCCGAAUAAAUUUAGGAAUUGCAAAAUUUUAAUCAUGAGUACUAUUUGAAUGACAUCGUUUAAUAUAUGAAACGUUUAGGUUUAUUCAAUAAUAAUGAUAAUAACUUUUCCUUUUAACAUUAACAGGACCUUAGAAGAUACAUGAUGAAAAAAUAGAUUAGCACAUUCUUAUCAGAUAUGAUCUUCUAAGCCUUUAGAAACAGUUUUAAUUAAAUUUCUAUUUUGAAAUAAAAUAGAAAUUCGAUAAUAACAAACAAAUUAUUUUUAGCAAUUGAAGUUGAAAUAAUUGAUGAGAUUAAAAAGUAUCUUUAUGAAUCAAGAAUGUAAACCUUAGAGAAAAAGAUUGCUAAUUAAAUAUAUUGA